GAGUCCUGCCUGGGACGGACUGACCUAACCAAUGCAAUCCCUUUUCCUUUUUCCAGCUCUACAUUAACAAUCGCCAAACUCAGAAUCUCUCUUUCUCUCUCUAUAAUUCGUCUCUUCUCUUCAAUUACACGGUGUUAAAACCUAGAGUGAUUCAUAGUUUUGGAAUAGUUUCAUGGAAUCCAGAGGGUCGUCGCAGCUAUUGGCGCCGGGGUUCCGGUUCCACCCCACCGACGAGGAGCUCGUCUUCUACUAUCUCCGGCGUAAGGUUUGCGCUAAGCCCCUCCGCUUUGAUGCCAUCUCCGAGAUCGAUAUCUACAAGGUCGAGCCUUGGGAUCUCCCAGGUAUGUCAAGGCUGAAGACCAGAGAUCUCGAGUGGUACUUCUUCAGUAUGCUUGAUAAGAAGUAUGGCAAUGGUUCAAGGACUAACCGGGCAACUGAAAAAGGGUACUGGAAGACUACUGGGAAGGAUAGGGCUGUCAAUCAUCGGUCUAAGGUUGUGGGGAUGAAGAAGACUCUGGUAUAUCAUAGUGGUCGGGCUCCAAGAGGUCAGAGAAGUAAUUGGGUGAUGCAUGAAUACAGGCUUGUAGAUGAGGAUUUAAGUAAAGCUGGAAUUGUUCAGGAUGCAUUUGUUUUGUGUAGAGUAUUUCAAAAAAGCGGGGCAGGGCCAAAGAAUGGGGAACAGUAUGGAGCACCUUUCGUGGAGGAAGAGUGGGAGGAUGAUGAGAUAGCAAUGGUCCCUAAGGCAGAUUUGCCUGAGGAAGCAGAACUUGCAGAUGAUAUCUUUCUGGAUGGAGAUGACCUUGAGCAGAUUCUUGGGGCAGACAUUCCCAUAGACGGUGCUCUGGUUCCUGUGAACAAUACUACUGGGAACAUUGAGGACGCAGCUGCCCAUGUUGAAGAUUUUGAGAAUAUUUUGGUGGAUAAUGUUGAGUAUCCUUGUGGACUGCAACAUCCUGAUGAGCCGAAGCCCUUUGAUCAACCAAUUCAUGAUUUUGAUCCCAAGCCUGUCAAACGCGAGUACAUGGGCGAGUCUAGCAAUAGCAUGACCUCUGAAAAUGUGAAUUGCUUACUCAAUGAACCACUCAUGGACGCUUCCGACGGAUUUCAGUUCAAUGAUGGAACAUUUCUUGAAACUAAUGAUCUUUCAAAUCCUGUCGAAGCAAAUACCUCAGGCUUCGACAUGUUUGACUUCCUUAAUUUCUAUGAUGCCAAGGAUGAUUUCCAGGACGUGCUGUUCGAUUCUGAUAUAUUUAUUGGAAAUGAUGAGUUUCUUGAAGGGCAAUCACCUUUUGCUGAUAAGGAUGUGUGUGACACAACUGAACAGGCUGUUUUGCCCAACGAAAAGUCCGUUGAUGCUGAACAUAAGAAUGAUAUUGCAUCAUCGUCAAAGCCAGAGCCCACCAAAUUGGGAUCAGACUUCCAACAUCCAUUUAUCAAGCAGGCCAGCCAAAUGUUGGGGAACAUACCCGCUCCUCCAGCGUUCGCAUCAGAGUUCCCAAAAGAUGCAGCUCUGCGCCUCAAUGCAGCAACCCAAGCAUCCAGCUCAGUGCACGUUACUGCUGGUCUGAUUCAAAUCAGCGACCUGACUCUCGGCAGCAAGCAUGGCAAUUACAACAUCAUCCUUUCUUUCGACUUCUUACAAGGCGCACAAAGUCCAGCCAGCUUGGAACCAGUCGGCCAUGGGAAGAUGCUAUCUGGGGGUUGGCUCUACUUUCUUCUCUUCUGGGUUCUAAUCCUCUCCAUUUCCUUCAAGGUUGGAACCUUCAUCUAUGCCAGGUAAUGUUAUGCAUCAUCAUCAGGGAAUUGGAACUUUUGCUGCAACAUUCCCAGGACUUGUGUUACUGCUCUGAACUUGGUAUCUAUUUAGGUGCUGGUAGGGGAUUUUGAGUACAUUUGUUACUAUUAGUGGUAACAAAUUGUCUGAAACACAGUACACGUCGGACUGGUGACGUAGCUUUCUCAGGGUUUUGUGAAUUGGAAAAGCUUUAACAGCCUAAAAGUUAGUCAAAUAUAUAUCAUAGAACUUGCUGGUUCUAUAUUUACUCCCUUAACUUGUAACUUUUUA